AUGGUAUCGCAGUGGCUGAUAUACCGAUACGAAAACCAGCCCCUUUCGAACCCGGCUCAUGAAAUACAGACGGAGGUUGGAGAGGCAGUUCAGGAAACCGUUCAGGAGCAACCUGCACAGACUCAGGAUGAUGGUCUGACUGUAAACCAGCCCCAGGUAGUUGUUGUUGAUCCUCUGAGUGGUUCUACUAUGGUUACAUCCAACAACCAGGAGUCGAGUGCAGAUCAGACCCAGACUGAAGCUCAGUCAUACCAAGUAGACAGCGACACCUCCCAAGAAGAGAACUCUGUAGAAACAUCCGGGAAUGAAGAAGAGGAGGCAGAUGAGAAGGGGGAAGGAGAGGAGGCAGAUGAGAAGGGGGAAGAAGAGAACGGAGCUUUUGGUUCAACGAUACCUCCGAGUUCAACCUCAUCUUCAGAACUUCCGGGAUCAUUUGAGUCAUCGCUCCCAACUGAGAAAGGAACGGAUAUUGCUGACGCAGAUAAUGGCUAUCAGGUCGACAACAAUUAUAAUAUUGAAACAUCCGCUGAGCAGGACAUCGUGGAGAAAAUCAAGGAGAUAGAAGAAGCAGAAGAGAAGGAGAUAGAAGCUGCUGGAUGGGCUGAUGCCAUGGCAACCACACAAGUUAUUGCAUUUAUCAUCAUUGCCAUGGUGGCAGUAGUAGUUAUCUAUGUUCUUUACAUUGCACGUAAAAAGUCGAAAGAACGAAGGAAAGAGAAGGAAUACAGGAACCUACUGCAGGAAGACUAUGACUCUGAUGACGACAAGGCUGCCAGAAAGAAGAGAUACGGUUGAAUUGAAGGCGGGGUUGAUUUUUAGUUUAAAUGUUGAUUGCUGUUAAUGUUUUUUAUGCUUCGCUUUUGAACUAUGACCUGUGUUUUUGUGUGUCAGCUGGGUAGAAAGCUGUUGUUCGUAGUAUUUUAUAGCAUGUAUUUCAGUAACGUUUAUAAGAGUUAAAGUAAAAUUCGUUAAAAUAUGCUUGGUUGAAAAUUGCAGUUUUAUGUCAUCAAUACAUCAUUCAAUUAUUAUUUAUCAUAUAUUAACACCAGCAUUAGGUUGUUAAUUUAAUCAUAAAUUAUGUUUUAACUAAACCCUUACACUAUUACCAUUCAGCAUGAAAGUAAUCAUUGUUCCAUUGGAACUGACUGUUUUCAACAUUUCAUUGUUAAGUUCAAUUUUAUUUGAAAUUUCAAGCUUUUGAGUCAUUUCACAUUUCGUUUGCUAUUCAGUAUGCAUUUCAAAGUUUUAAACCA